AUGAAUGAUCGUAUAUUAAAAAAGAAAAAUACAAUCUCUGAAAAUAUUAGAGAGACAAAGGAAGAAAGGAUUUUAAAAAGGUUUGAAGAAAAUAAAAUAAAAUGGGAAAAGGAAAGCAAAAUACUUAUGGAAAAAACAAACAAAAAGGAUACCCUAGCAGAUCAGGGAGAAAAAUACAGAGAAAAAAAUGAGCUAAACACAUUACUGGAAUAUUUAAAGAAGGAAGAUGAGAGGAAAGUUCAAUGGGAAAAUAAUUUAAGAAUGGAACCUGAAAAAAUAAAGUUUCAAAAAACGACGAGAAAAUUAAAUAUAUACAAUAAAAUAUUGAAAGAAAACAAAAAUAAUAUAUUUGAUAAAGUUUUUGAAAAUAAAGAAAAAAAUAAUGAAGACUAUGUUUAUGUAACAAAUAAAGAUGCAAAAAAAAAAGAAUAUCAAGAAAUUAUUGUUAAUAAAAUAAAAAAUAAUUUAGAAUUUUUUUUAUCUAAUUUUGCUAUACCAUUAUCUGAUAAUUUAUAUAUCCAAGGAAAACCAAUUGAAGAGGAAAAUGUUGAACCAGAUGUAAUAAAUAAACUUUCAACCAACGAGAGAAUAGCAUUAGACAAUUUGGAAAAGGAAACAGAUCCGUUAGAUCUAGAUAAGCCAGAACAAGCUAAUUCGAUAGAGCAUGAAAAUGUAAAUAAAUCAUCUGACGAUGAUCCAAUAAAAAUAAAUUGUUCAUGCAUAAAUAUAGAAAAUAAUGGAGAAGACAUAAUAAAUAAAUUUAUAUUCCUACAAAAUAUAACAUCAUCAACAAUCAUAUAUAUAAUAAGUUUUAAAAAUAAAAUGAAAAUAAAAAAUAGCAUAUUAAAAUUAAAUGAUGUAUUAUAUUUAAGUAAAAAAAAAAAUUAUGAUCUUUUUAUUUUUCCAAAGACAGGAUAUAUAAAACCAGGAGAAACAAUAAAAAUUAAUUUUAAUUUUAUUUUUGAUUCUUUCUCAUAUUCUUUUGGCUUGAUUCAAAUUAAAUGUUUUUAUAAAAAUAAAAUUUGUAAAAAAAAUAUUUAUAUAUCUAUAAAUCCAUUUACUGAAAUGUUAGAUAGUUUUGCAAAUGGAAAAAUAACACAAAGUGAUAAAAAAAAAACAAAAAAAUUAAUAAAAAAAAAUAAUAACUUUAAACUUUUAAGUAAGCAUACUAUUACACAAAAUAAGACACCAUUUCCAAAUAAACAAAAAUUAGAAAAUGUAAUAAAAAAUAUAUAUUCAGAUUAUAAUAUAAGUAUAAAUAGUUUUGAAAAUUUUGUAAAAAAAAAAAAAGAAAAUAUAAAUGACUCAUUAAAAAUGAUAGAAAAAAACAAAGUUCCUACAAAUCAAUUGGAUAACAUAUAUGACAAAAUAAUUGGUAGCAACAUUUGCCAAUCCGAUUUAAAAAAUAAUAUGAAUGUUUUUUUUUAUCACACAAAAAAUAAAACUUUACAAUACAUCAAAGAGGUUGGUAGUAAUAGUGAAGUCUCAUUUUUUAACAUUAACACAGAUGAUUAUAUUAACUUUGAAUCAAACAUAUUUAAUUAUAAGUUAGAAACAACUUUAAGUGAACCAAAUGGAAUAAAACCUACAUUAUCAUUUAAUGGGUGUAAAAAUAGGGAAAUAUUUUAUCAAGUCCUUUAUAAUUACAUCUCUCAUCUUGUUCAUGCUUGUCAAACACCUGACGACAAUCUUAUGCUUAUAAACAAAACUGAUGAAACAAAUUUGGAAUAUUCUGCUCAACCAUCAAAGACUACAGAUAUGGAACUGACAAGAAGUGGUACUACGAAGGGGCUUAAAAAGAGUAGAAAAAAAAACGAGAAAAAUGUUGAGAAGGAAAACGAUAAAUUAAUUAAUGAGCAAAUUAUACAAAAUAGAGACUUACUUAAUAAGGAGUUUGAAUCUAUAUAUAUAGAUGUACAUACAAAAAAUUAUUCUACACAUUUUAUAAAUCACAUUUAUAUUCAAAACAAGUUAAAUAAUUCACAUAUUUUUUAUUUUUAUAAUUAUUUUAAAAUAGUACAAUAUAUUAAUCAGUAUUUUAUACUAGAUCAAAAUUUAAUUGAUUCUAACUCACCAAAACAAAAUGUCUUUAUAUAUAUGAAUACAAAUUUAUGUAAUAAUAUUUUUUUAUAUAUUUUAGACAAAUUGGAUUCAUAUUUUUUCUCUGAAAAUGAUACUAACAUUUUAAAUAAUUUAUUUCAUGGAUCAAAAAUAAAAUAUGUCUUAAACAAUUUGACAAAAUUAUUUUCAGAUUAUUUUUCUUCAAUCCUUUUGAGUAUAAAAAAUGGAACAAAAAAUGUUUAUGGAUAUUUAGGAGAGAUAAAAAUAGGGAAAGAAAAAGUAAAUCUGCUAAACUCAUUUUUAGUGAUAUAUUUAAAAGCGUUUAUUUAUAAAAUGUUGAAGAAAACAUAUGCGAUCUACAUUUUAGAGAAUGAAAAUGAUGUCAUAGAUGCUGGCAAGGUUGUGGAAGGAGAAGAAAAAGUUGGCAAGGAUAUGGUAGACGAAGGAAAAGUUGAUAAGGAUGUGGCAAAUGACGGCACCUCUUGUAAAAGCUUUGAUUCAUUUUUUAAGGAAAAAGAAAUAUAUUCUGAUAUUUGUAACUCCAUUUGUGAAUAUAAAAAUGGAAGUCAAUCAGAGGAUUUACAAAAUGAUGAGAUUAAUGUUGGAAGUAGAUCUGAAGGAAACAUAUUUCUUAUAAAGGAUUACAAAAUGUUUUCACAAAUUAUCUAUGAAAAAAACAAAAAUCAAAUGCAAAUAAAUGUAGAAAAGAAUUUAGAAAAGGUUAAACAAACCAAAGAAAGUGAAAAAAACAAAGUUGAUAUAAGCAGUUCAAAAGAUAAAAAAGGUGGGCAUAGUAAAUCAAAAAAAGGAGAAAAAAAAGCUGAAAAAAAAGCUGAAAAAAAAAGUGAAAAAAAAAGUGAAGAAAAAAAAACACAGGCACAACCUAAGGAAGACAAACCAGAUAAUACUGAAUUAAAUUUUACAAAUUUUCAUUUUUUUAAAAUGUUUGAAAUUUUGAAUAUUGAAACAUGUAUAAUAGAUGAUAAGGAAAUAUUAAAAACGUCGGGAAUCCAAUAUGACAAUUCUUCUUCAUAUAUUUUUACGUUGUUAAAAAAGAAAAUUCCAAAAAAUGUUGAGAUAAAAGUUGGAUAUACAAUGAGACAAGAAGUUUAUUUACUUCUCUACAUAUUUAACAUAAUAUCUGUUGAACAUAUCAAUUUUUUAUUUCACCAUUUUAUAAAUCCAAACAUGUUAUUAUAUAUUGAUUAUUUAAAAAGCAAUGCAAACCAUUUCUUAGACAUCUUUAAAAAUAUUUUACAAUUUUUUUCUAUGAAAAAUUAUCUAUCCAAAUUUAUUUUUGAAAACAAAAUUCCACUAUCUAUACAUCAUGAUCACUGCUUAGUAAACAACAUGGAACUACAAACAGAUGAAAACAAAGAGACUUUAAAUUUUUCAAACCAAAUUUAUAAAAAUAUAAGAGAAAAUUGGAUAACUAAUGGGAUAAAAAAUGAAUCUAAUGUAGAUGCAAAAUAUAUAUGUAUCAUAUCACCAAAUAUAAAAAAUGAAAUUUUAAAUUUUACAAAUAUAAAUGAAAUAUUAGAAUGGAUAAAACUAUUAAACAUAAUUAUUUUCUUAAACAUAUCCGAUGUUUAUAUUUAUGGAGAUUUAUUUUUACUUUUUUUAUUUUUUAUAUAUGAUUCAGAUAUUUUAAAGGGACACAUCUCCAAAUCAAAUGCUGGCACAACACUGCUAGUACAUUCAAAUGGAAUUCAUCAACCAAGUAUAAAUCAAAAUGAUGAUGUUGAAAAUGUUUGUUUCAAAAUAAUUGACAUAUAUAAUAUUCCCAAACAUAUUUUAUUUUUAUUUAAAUUUUGUAUAUUUAAUAUAAUAGAACAAUAUGAAAAAUAUAAAAUAAAUAUACAUUUUCCUUAUGAUAUUUAUGUAAAACCAAACUUGAUUACUUUUCAAAAUGACAAUCCUUCAUUAUAUUGUCUACUUCCUUAUACUGACUACAGUACAAUGAUCAAACAUGCAAAACAAGUAUUUAUAAAAAAAUAUAGUCACCAUAUUAACCAAGCUGUACAAAAUCAACUAGCCAAUUCGAACACUACUACGACCUUGAUAAAUGGCAUAUUUUGUGACGCUACCAAGUUACAUACAUGUCAAGAUUCUUUGAAACAGUCUGAUUAUCAAAAUGUGAGUAGUAAUGAAGAGGGUGAAGGAGAAAACCACAAAGUACUUAACUCCAUUUUAAACAUAGGAAACAUUACAAUGAGCAAUGUUUUAAAAAAUGUAAAUAAAAAAAAUAAAAUAUUAUGGCUAUGUGGGUCAUUUGAAAAAUAUAUAAAUAAUGACAACAAAAAUAGUAUGGAAAUAUUUAACCAUUUAUUAAAUACAUCAAAAAAUGAACAAACUAAUUUUAAUAAUAUUUACAAAGAUGAUUCCGAAAUAUAUGCUAACAAUUUAUUAAUUUUAAACAAAGAAAUAUAUUCCUUAUAUUUAUAUCAUGCCCCCAAAGAGUUACGUCUAAAUUUUAUUUUUAACAACCAUCAUAUUUUAAUAAACAUUUUCGAUAAUUGUUAUUUCCCUCCUCAAAGUGUGCAUAAAAUGGUAUGA